UUGGGUUUCCAGCCAACUGCCUACUGCCGUGUGUUGGAGGGGAUCGGUUGAACGGGUUUAUUUUUUUUUUUAAAUAAGCGGCUACACAGUCGAGAGCCAUGUCUCCAUCAGUUCCCUUGCAGGAGAUGAUUCGGGCCAUCAGGUCCGCCAGGACUCAGUGUGAGGAGCGGGGUGUCAUUCAGAGGGAGUGUGCGGCCAUCCGGGCACAGUUCAGACAAACCGACAACAACGGGGGGAGAUCACACAACCUGGCCAAGCUGCUCUAUGUGCACAUGUUGGGCUAUCCAGCUCACUUUGGUCAGAUGGAGUGUGUCCGUAUGAUAGCCAGCCCUCGAUACAGCGAGAAGCGCGUGGGAUACCUGGGAGCCAUGAUGCUCCUGGACGAGAAACAGGAUGCCAGCCUGCUCAUUACUAACUCCAUCAAAAAUGACCUCUCUCACAGUAACCAGUACGUUCAGUCUCUGGCUCUGUGCACGUUGGCCUGUAUGGGUUCGGCUGAGAUGUGCAGGGAUCUGGCACCAGAGAUUGACAGGCUGCUGCGAGCCUCCAACUCCUACAUUAAGAAAAAGGCUGCUUUAUGUGCUGUUCACAUUGUAAGAAAAGUCCAGGAUUUAGGAGAGCUCUUUGCUCCCGCUGCUCGUUCCCUCCUCAGUGAGAAGAAUCACGGUGUGUUACAUGGUGCCGUGGUGCUGAUCACUGAGCUGUGUGAGAGGAACCCAGAAACACUGGAGCGGUUCAGAAAGACGGUGCCGGAUCUAGUUCAGAUCAUGAAAGGCCUCGUCAUUUCUGGUUAUUCACCUGAUCACGACGUAGCUGGAGUCAGCGAUCCCUUCCUGCAGGUGCGCAUUUUGAGGUUGCUGAGGAUCCUAGGUCACAACAACGAAGUGGCGAGUGACGCCAUGAACGACUUGCUAGCUCAGGUGGCGACCAAUACAGAUAGCACCAAGACUGUGGGCAACGCCGUGCUAUAUGAGACUGUUCUUACUGUACUAGACAUCAAGUCAGAGAGCGGCCUCAGAGUUCUGGCUGUAAACAUCCUGGGAAGAUUUCUCCUGAAUAAUGACAGGAACAUUCGAUAUAUAGCCAUGACUUCUCUUCAGAAGAUUGUCGGGACAGACCAUAAUGCAGUGCAGCGCCACAGAGGAACUAUAGUAGACUGCCUGAAGGACCAGGAUGCAUCUGUGAAACGGCGUGCCUUGGAGCUUUCCUUGGCUCUAGUGUCAGCCUCCAACAUCCGCUCUAUGAUGAAAGAGCUGCUCAUCUUCCUCUCCUCCUGCCCUCCUGAGCUCAGGGCUCAUGCUGCUAGCGGCAUAUUCAACGCUGCCGAAAGGUAUGCACCCUCCCAGCGCUGGCACAUUGACACCAUCCUGCAUGUCCUCACCACGGCAGGGGGCGAUGUUAGAGAUGAAACUGUCCCCAACCUGAUUCAGCUCAUCACCAACACCUCAGAGCUGCACUGUUACACCGUCCACAAGCUGUACCGAGCUCUCACCACUGACAUCUCUCAGCAACCUCUGGUCCAGGUGGCGUGCUGGUGUAUAGGAGAAUACGGAGACCUGCUGCUGAGAGGAGAGUGUCAGGAGACUGAACCUGUGCAGGUCACAGAGGACGAUGUCCUGGACGUCUUAGAAACCGUUUUACAGUCACACAUGUCGUCCCCGGCAACAAGAGGCUUUGCUCUCACCGCCACCAUGAAACUGAGCACACGCAUCACUGACAACGUGGAUCGGAUCAGAAGCAUCGUCAGCAUCUACGGCAGCUGCAUCGAUGUGGAGCUCCAGCAGAGGGCAGUUGAAUACAAUGCUCUUUUCAAAAAAUACGAUCACAUGAGGGCAGCGGUUCUGGAGAGGAUGCCUGUGAUUGAGAAGAACUCACCAGGUCAUACCAACGGGGAAGCAACAGGGGAAAACAUCAAGGAAGUCCAACCAGCCAAAAUCAUCCAGGGAGAGGUGAUGCUGCCACAGCAGCCUGCUAACCAGGUGUGUGAUCUUUUGGACUUGCUGAGUGGCUCUCAGGAGCCUCUGCAGCCCAGCCCAGCAGAAGGUAGCAAAGCCUUGCCUGUCAAUACAACCACGACUGCCGGAGACCUCCUGGAUCUGUUGGGUGGGUUGGAGCUCACUCCUCCAACACCAGCUCCCACACUCACGGUGUAUGAGAAAGAUGGCGUGGCUUUGGCACUAAAUUGCGAACGACAAUCGGACUCAGCCUUGACAGUCACACUCACAGCCUCCAACUCCACUGACUCAGACAUCAGCAGCUUCACCCUGCAGGCUGCGGUGCCCAAGAGUGUGCAGUUACACAUGAAGGCUCCCAGCGGCGACUCUCUUCCUGCACGAGGCGCGGCUAAAGUGACCCAGAUGGUGGUCCUCAACAACCCAAACAAGGUUAAUCUGAAAAUGAGGAUCCGCAUCUCUUAUACCAGCCAAGGAUCAGCUGUUCAGGAUACCGUCCAGAUCGACUCCUUUCCUGGAAUUAACGCACCUGGACACUGAUGACAGCCUAGAGUCAGUCCUACAGGACUAUGUGGAUGAAUUGGCAGACGUCUCUCUAAUGGAGUCUUUAUGCCGUUUCUUAUAGAUGGCUGGUUUUGUUCUUUAUAUCUGAGGAGCAGAUCACAGGAAAUCACAGCCUCUUUUAAGGAGUCACAUUUUUUCUACUCAUCUGGAAAACAAGCAUUACUAUGAUAACACACACCUAGGAAUCUGCAGGUAUUAUAUGGAAGAAGUUUGUAGUUUUUGGUACAGGAUUGUAAUGACCACUGAAAACACUAACUUUAUUUACUAAGUACUCUGUUUUUUAUUUGUAUCUGAACUAAAAUUCUCCACAAAUGACAGAAUAUAAUCCGAUCUUCAUGCUUUCACUUUAACAAUGCAGGUAUGACAGACCUGUUAAAAAAGCUGGGCGUAUAUAGUAGCUAUUUAAUGACUGAGCUUAUUUAAAGACUAACAAAUCAUCAGUACCUACAGCAUGCUAUCAUAGUUUGGGCCUGUUUUGCAGCCUCUGGACUGGACGUCUUACCAUCAGCAAUCAAACAAUGAAUUAAAAAAUAAACAAGGAUUUUUUUCCACCUGGAUAAUUUCUUUUAGGUAGCAAUGAUCUUUGAUGUCAUAUUUAUGGAGAAAUGUUGAAUUGUUUUAAGUGUUCAGUCUUUAAAGCAUCUUUGUACUGUUCAGGAUUUUAAUUUACAAGGUACUACUGAAUAUUUCAAGUUUUUGACACAAGUAAUUAGUUUUUCUGGCUUUUUUCUAGUUCAUGUAAGCCACUAAAACACAUCACACCACUCCAGUGAUGCCCCUUCAACAGAAGAUACUUAUGCUGUUAAACAUAGGUACAUAUGAAUUAGUCACUACUGCUGCUUUGUUUUAUUGUAUUGCGUACUCUCAAUUUUUAUCAAAAACAGAGACAUCAAUUUUAGAUUUAAGGGUGGAGAUUUUAAAUACAACCGUGUGGGUUGCCUUUACUUAUCUGUGUGAGAGCUUACAAUAACCAGGUGUUUAACUCCUGAUUCAUUCCCCUGUGCCUUUUAUCACUUUUUAAAUAUAUUUUCUUUGAAGGCCAAGAAUAUUUAAAUGUAAAUUAAGACUUCUGGUUAUAUUUCCACACAAGCAACACUUUUCCAGACAAAAACUCCUAUCCUGUGUUUACAGAUGUUUAAAAUUGAUUUAUUUAUGAGUACAGUAUGUACAGUGAUGCAAGAAUAAUAGGCUUGUUAUUGCCUAUAAGGUUUAUUUUUGAGAUAUUAAAUGUUUAAGCACAACUAAGAAUUCUAAGUUUGUUUGGGUUGUUGUUAGAAGUGCUACAAACAAAUCUUAAGGUAAACCAGCAUGUUAUUAUGCAUUCAAUAAGCCAUUCAUUACAUGCUCACUGGUUGUUUUUAGAAACUGUCAAGAUACAAGACAUCAGCAAUGGUGAAGUAACCAGAUUUCAGUAGAAUCUACUUGACUUCAUAUCAUUACCACGGCUAAUAUGUGAAGACCAGAGAGGAUAUUACAUAAUCUGUUUGAAUUUUCACUGAAUAUUCAGUCUUAUGUCAUUUUUCUAAUAAAACAAAUUCUCAGGAGUGACUUGA